AGCUUCCAAGCACUUUACCAAUCGACUCGGUUGCCUGCCUUGCUAGCCCAUUGCCAUCUCUUCAUUCAUCUGGAGCAUAGCGAACAAAACACACUGUAACCAGCUGUGACGAUAUUGAAUCAUUGUUUCGGAUCAAACAGACUCAGACCGUGGGGUAGUGUUUAUUAUUACCACAUUUCAGGCUCGGGUAGAGAGAGAAAGAGAGGACAGAUAUAGUAUUUUAGUAGCAAAGGCCUUGGCGGGUCGGUAAUGGUCAUGGCUUUUCAGGCCCCGCGGAGCAAUCCCUCUUUUCCCUCCCAACAACCAUUCGAGAACAAUCACUGGCGUGCGAGUCGAAGUCCCGGGUCUAAUGGGUUGCCUGGGUAUGGGUUUUCUCCGUCUGCGACCACUACCAUCAACCUGAACACUCCGAUCGCCGGCGAUCGCACCCUCCCGAUGUAUAAAGACAAGCCGUAUUUCGCCCCGCGGCGCACAGGGCCCCGGGCGCGGCGAAGGAAGACCAUAUACGGUGGAUUGUGCCUGUUGGCGCUUUUUCUAUGGUGGUACUACUCGGGUUCAUCAACCCGGUCGCAGUCGAAGAUCCACCAUGACACUCCCGACCCGGCGAAGGGCGAAGAGCUUUGGAAAUGGCUGCAGACCCUCGACGACUCCGAACCAACAUAUGAUGGGCACAGCGCAGCUUCAAAGCACAUUGAUUGGGACACGAGGCGGGAAAGGGUUCGCGACGCGUUCAUUGUCAGCUGGGAUGGUUAUGAGAGCAAUGCCUGGGGUUACGACGAGUAUCACCCAAUUUCAAAGGAUGGCCGGCAUAUGGUCGCCGGGGGUAUGGGGUGGAUAAUUGUGGAUGCGCUGGACACGUUGAUGAUUAUGAAUUUGACAUCACGGGUGCAGCACGCCCGCAGCUGGAUCCACAACUCACUGCAGUAUAAUCAAAACCAUGAUGUGAACACCUUCGAAACCACCAUUCGCAUGCUCGGUGGCCUGCUAUCCGCCCAUUAUCUCUCGACUACUUACCCGGAUCUUGCCCCCAUUAACGACGACGAUGCAGGAGCACCGGGAGAGGAUCUGUAUAUCGAGAAAGCGACCGAUCUGGCCGACCGGCUCUUGGGCGCUUUUGAAUCUACCACGGGCAUCCCUUACUCGAGCAUAAACUUGAAUACCUCGACGGGUAUUCCCUCUUAUAUCGACGAUGGCGCGGCCUCCACGGCUGAAGCGACUACUGUUCAGCUAGAGUUCAAAUACCUAGCUAAAUUGACAGGCGAGGCGGAGUAUUGGCGCUCUGUUGAGAAGGUCAUGGAAGUCAUUGACGCGCAGAAAAGGCAGGAUGGCCUGCUUCCAAUCUAUGUUUCCCCGGAAACUGGUCAAUUCAAGGGCGAGAAUAUUCGUCUCGGUAGCAGAGGCGACUCCUACUACGAAUAUCUUAUCAAGCAGUACCUACAGACUUCGGAACAGGAGCCAAUCUACAAGGAGAUGUGGGAUGAAGCUCUACUUGGCAUGCGUAAGCACCUGCUUACUUACUCGCAAAACGCCCGCUUGACAGUGCUCGGGGAGCGACCUCACGGCCUUGACGGCACUUUGUCCCCCAAGAUGGACCACUUGGUCUGCUUCCUUCCCGGAACGAUCGCCCUUGGAGCGACCGGGGGACAACCGCUCUCUGAGGCGCGCAAGUCUCCCAACUGGGGCCAACGACAACAGGAAGAAAUGCGCCUGGCGCGAGAACUGACCAGAACCUGCUGGGCCACGUACCUAGUCACUGAGACCGGCCUCGCCCCGGAAAUCACCUACUUCAAAGUCGACGACCCCCGAGUCAUGGAGGCAGACAUGUACCCGGAUUCGACGGCCGUUACUGGCAGAAACGACCAGCCAGUCUCGUCACCAGGCGACCUCCCUCUCCUUUCGAAGCCUUUGUACCCAAUCCCUGGCCGAUCUGACCCGAACGACCCAUCUACCAAAACCUGGCUUGAUGACCUUGAAAUCCAGCGGAUGGACCGGCAUAACCUCCAACGGCCCGAGACUGUGGAAUCCCUCUUUUACAUGUACCGGAUUACUGGAGAUGACACUUACCGGCACUGGGGCUGGGAGAUGUUCAAGUCUUUCAUCAAAUACACCGCUGUCGUGGAGACAGACGGCCUCGAUCACGAAACAGGCGACAAACCACUGGCCGCUGGAGGAUCGGGUCGCAUCACUGGAUUCACCUCUCUCUCGAAUGCGAAAUCCCUUCCUGUGACGACCAGGGACAAUAUGGAGAGUUUUUGGAUGGCGGAGACGCUCAAGUAUUUUUACCUACUGUUCUCCGAUCGGGAGUUCAUCUCGUUGGAGGACAAUGUCUUCAACACCGAGGCGCAUCCCUUCCCUCGUUUCAAGCCCACCGGGGAGUUGAAGACGGGGUGGACGAGGAAGAGUCGCACGACGGAGGAGAGUCAGACGAUGGAGCAUCUAGCUCAGAUGUAAUUUUUUUUCUACUUGUUGUGGUAACUUGCUUGGCGAUUCUGUAUAGUUUGAAUAUCCCAAAUUUCAUACUUUUUGACCGCUUGCAUCGUGGU